AUGCUGCGACUCUUGGCCCCCGCAUUAUCGGGUCUUUGUAAGAGGGGUGCUCCCUACUCUUCUGCUGCAUCUCUUCCGAACCCUGUGCUACAGCCAGAUGUCCAAUAUGAUAAACUCUUCAUCCAUAAUGAGUGGAGGGAUGCAGUCAGCAAGAAGACCUUCCCAACAGUAAAUCCUUCAACCGGAGAGGUCAUCACUCAUGUGGCUGAAGGUGAUAAGGCAGAUGUAGACUUGGCUGUGAAAGCUGCCCGGGAGGCUUUUAGGCUGGGGUCACCAUGGCGACAGAUGGACGCUUCUGAGAGGGGCCGUUUACUUUACCGCCUAGCUGACCUGGUAGAGAGAGAUCGCACCUACCUGGCCUCACUAGAGACCCUGGACAAUGGCAAGCCUUUCCAAGAAUCAUAUGUCCUGGACCUUGAUGAAGUCAUUAAGGUGUAUCGGUACUUUGCGGGCUGGGCUGACAAAUGCCAUGGGAAGACUAUCCCUAUGGAUGGAGAGCACUUUUGCUAUACUAGGCAUGAGCCUAUUGGAGUGUGUGGCCAGAUUAUUCCAUGGAACUUCCCCUUGGCUAUGCAAAGCUGGAAACUUGCCCCAGCCCUUGCCGCUGGCAAUACCGUUGUCAUGAAGGUAGCUGAACAGACCCCACUCUCUGCCUUGUACCUUGCUUCCUUGAUCAAAGAAGCUGGCUUUCCUCCUGGCGUCGUAAACAUCAUCACAGGCUAUGGGCCCACCGCAGGGGCUGCUGUGGCCCAACAUAUGGACAUUGAUAAGGUGGCCUUUACUGGCUCUACAGAGGUUGGGCACCUGAUCCAGAAGGCAGCAGGAGACUCUAACCUGAAGAGAGUCACCCUGGAGCUAGGUGGGAAAAGUCCCAGCAUCGUCCUGGCAGACGCAGACAUGGCUCAUGCUGUGGAACAGUGCCAUGAAGCGCUCUUCUUCAACAUGGGCCAGUGCUGUUGUGCGGGUUCUCGGACCUUUGUGGAAGAGUCGAUCUAUGAUGAAUUUCUUGAAAGGACUGUAGAAAAAGCCAAGCAGAGGAAAGUUGGGAAUCCCUUUGAGCUCGACACACAGCAGGGGCCCCAGGUAGACAAGGAACAGUUUGAAAAAAUCCUGAGUUACAUCCAAGUAGGCCAGAAAGAAGGUGCUAAGUUGAUGUGUGGAGGAGAACGCUUUAGAGAGAAGGGCUUCUUCAUCAAGCCCACUGUCUUUAGCAAUGUACAAGAUAACAUGAGGAUUGCCAAGGAGGAGAUCUUUGGGCCUGUACAGCCAGUGUUCAGAUUCAAAAAGAUCAGUGAGGUUAUCGAGAGAGCCAACAAUACCAAGUAUGGGUUAGCAGCGGCAGUCUUUACCAGGGACCUGGACAAGGCUAUGUAUUUGACCCAAUCCCUACAAGCAGGAACAGUGUGGGUCAAUACCUACAACAUUGUAACAUGCCACACUCCUUUUGGAGGCUUUAAGGAAUCUGGAAAUGGAAGAGAGCUAGGGGAAGAUGGAAUCAGAGAAUACGUGGAAGUAAAGACUGUAACAAUUAAAAUUCCUCAGAAAAAUUCAUGAAAAGUGAACACCACAAUCCUCAUGGGUCAGACUCCAGUGGAACCUCUAACAACCCAGAUUUUACUGAUCGCUCUUUUGUCCAAUGUGAUUACUCUCAAAAAGACAAGGAUUCUGACUCAAAGGUGGACUUUAGCAUAAUUCAAGUAUGUCAAAAGUUCUAAAACUGGCAGAUUGUUCCAAUUUUUAUUCUUUUUCACUUUGAUUCGUUGGGUUCUUUGGUUUGAAUUUUUAUAUCUUGUUUGUUGUUAUUUUCCUAACUUACAACCUGAAUCUCUUUCCCCUUUGCUACUGAUUUAUACU